UCCAAUACGUGUUGUCUUGCUCCCUAUUGGUUGGAAAAGUGGAUCCAUCUGAGGAUCAUCUACAACAACCAAUCAGAUCCUGCGAAACACAGAUCACUGACUCACUGAGAGAGAUGGCGAAGACUCAGGCAGUAUUGCUUGUUAUAGCAACGAUAUUGGUGGUGUCAUCAUGGGUACCCCUCUCCUAUUGUGCGAAGAAACCAGUUACAGUGGCCAGAAAAGAAGACAUACCCUUCAUCAAAUGCCAAGUAUGUGAAAAGCUGGCAUCGCAGUUGUACCACCAAGUACAAAAGAAGCAGGCCCAGAUCUCUCCCAAGAAGGUUUCAGAGUUUCAAAUAAUUGAGAUUACGGAGAAUGUUUGUAAUUUGAAGAAGGAGGAAGCUGAUUGGAUUCUGCGGAUUGAUAUUGUCGAAAAGGGAGAUAAGUUGGAGCUGGUUGAGCAGGAUGCUGAGGGACAAUGCAAUUCAGAAUGCAAAACAAUCGAGAAGGCUUGUCAGGAGGUCAUGGGUUAUUCUGAUACCGAUGUUGCUGAGUAUGUAUACACAUCCAGGCCUGACAUUGAAUCAUUGGUGAAUUUUCUAUGUAAAGACCUGACUAAAGCAUGCAGCAGAAAGCCACCCCCAGUGCCCAAGAAUAGGAUACCAGGUGAACCUUUCGAGCCGAAACCUGCUAAAGAGGCUGAAAUGGAAAGGAUUAUGAAAUCCAUGGAGGGUAUGCCAGGAGCACCUGGAAUGAAAAUGUACUCAAGAGAAGAGUUGAUGAACAUGAAAAAUUUUGGUAAUGAAGAUGCUGAUGAUGACGAGGAUGACGAUGACGACAAAGACUUCCCCUCAAAUUUGGGCAAAGUUUUGAGAGGGAAAGAGAGUAAAAAAGUUGACUGGAAAGAAAAGAUCAGCAAAGGAAUAAAAAACAGUGGUGAGGUAUUGAAGAGGCAUGCAAACAAAUACUCCAACCAGAUACGACAGUGGUGGAGAAGAGCCAAAGCAGCUGCACGUUCUCAGAAAUCAAAAGGUGGUAAGGCGGAGUUAUAGGAAAGCCAAGACUAACU